CUUGCUGCCGUGCUCAUGGCAACCAUAUUUGGCGGCGUCCAUUGUAUGGCUUGGUUCUUUACCUUCCCCACAGAACAGGAACAGAUGCUAUGGCGCAUUAGUGCCGUCGCUAUAACUUGCACACCCUGGCUUUGUUUGAGUCUCUACUUAGACUCUUUAGUACGGCGCUUUCCUGAUUCAUUAAAGCACGUCAUGUCGAGUGUAUACCUUGUGAUUUGUUCCGCUUUUGUCGUGUUUUAUAUUACAGUUCGUGCUGUCCUUUUGGUGCUUAUGUUUACCACUUUACGCAAUCUUCCCCCUGAUGCAUACAAGGCGGUGUCGUGGGUUGGUUUGGUACCGCACUUAUAGCUCUUUAUUAUUGUGCUCGAGAUACACUUCAUACUUAUUUCAUGAUACUCGCAUGUGGCAUUCUCGUGGUCAACACGACGACAAAUCGCACAGCUCACAAUGCGAGCACAUGACCUGCACGUGUGCCAUGACGAUCCAAACUUUCUUUAGGUGAACAGGACUCA